AUGAGGUUAACUGUUGGGAUGGAUGAUGCUGAUAUUGAAAAAACAAAAGAAUUUGCAAAUUGGCUUUUGGAUAUUGGUGAGGGCAAGGUUAGUGGUCGAAAUGAUGGUGAGGUUGUUAUUGACAUUCCGGAAGAACUCUUGAUUACUGAUUCCAUUGAUCCAAUUGGUAUGCCUAAUCACAGAUUAGUUUUAAAAGUUGGUAUUCCAAUAAUGCUUUUACGAAACCUAGAUCAGAAAAAUGGUCUAUGCAAUGGUACAAGAUUACAAGUCGUUACACUUGGUGAUCGGGUUAUUGAAGCAAAGGUCAUUUCUGGAAGUAACGCUGGAACUAGAACUUUUAUUCCACGGAUUAAUUUGUCACCAUCAGACAAACGAAUACCAUUUAAGCUACAAAGAAGACAGUUCCCAGUUUCAGUUUGUUUUGCCAUGACAAUAAACAAAAGCCAGGGGCAGUCUCUAUCGAAAGUUGGUUUGUUUCUAAGGCAGCCUGUUUUUACUCAUGGACAACUCUACGUGGCACUGUCAAGAGUCAAAAGCAUGGACGGCUUAAAACUUUUAGUUUUAGAUGUUGACUGGAAGAUUACGAAUAAAACUACUAAUGUUGUAUACAAAGAGAUAUUUACAAAUUUAUAG